UCAAAAAGUAAUACAUUCGCAAUACUCCAUUUUCAAAACUAGCUAAUGGGUAAUCUUCUAUCUCUUGGAGAAACUAAAGCCAUGCCAAUUGAGACAACUUUCAAUCUACCUUUGCCUCUACCCUCUUGGCCACAAUCAGAUACAAAUGGAACAGGUUUUGGAAGUGGAAGAAUAAAUCUUGGAGGUUUAGAAGUACGCCAGAUAUCUACAUUUAACAAAAUUUGGGCAAUUCAAGAAGGCGGGCCAGAUAACCGUGGGGCGUCUUUCUUUGAACCAUCGCCCAUACCUAGAGGAUACUUUAGUCUGGGUUCUUAUUGCCAACCUAAUAACCAACCUCUUUACGGUUGGGUACUUGUUGGUAAGGAUGUCGGUUGCAUCAAAUCACCAUCCCUUGCUAUCCCGGUGGACUACAAGUUGAUUUGGAGUAGCGAAAAUUCGAACCUUAAACAAGAUGGAGUUGGUUAUAUCUGGUCACCAGUUCCUCCUGAAGGAUAUAACGCUAUUGGUAAUAUCGUGACUAACUCCCGCGAUAAGCCAGGCCUUGAUAAAAUCCGGUGUGUUAGAUCAGACCUGACGGACUCUUGUGAACAUGCAAGCAUUGUAUGGGGAGGAGAUGGGAUCAAUGUCUAUAAUUUGAGACCAACAAGUAGAGGACCUCAAGCUCUCGGCGUUUCCGUUGGUACAUUUACAACCGAGAUGGGUGGAACCAGCACUCCAUCAUCAUCAACAAUGUCUUGUUUAAAGAAUAGUGAUUCAAAUUUAUCAUCAUGUAUGCCGAACCAAAACCAGAUUCAAACACUCUUUCAAACUUAUUCUCCACUAGUCUACUUUCAUCCCGACGAACCUUAUCUCCCUUCGUCUGUGAGUUGGUACUUCAACAAUGGAGUUCUAUUACACGACCGAGGUAAUGAAUCCAAUCCUGUUCCUAUUGAUUCAAAUGGUAUGAACCUUCCGCAAGGUGGUUCAAGUGAUGGAUUGUAUUGGUUAGACCUUCCUAGUGAUAAAGGAUCUAAAGAAAAGGUUAAGAAAGGAGAUUUACAAAGCUCAGAGACUUAUCUACAAGUGAAACCAAUGUUCGGCGGAACAUACACUGACAUAGCCAUCUGGGUUUUUUACCCUUUUAACGGCCCUGCGAGGGCAAAAAUCAAGUUCAUCAAUGUUAACUUAGGGAGGAUUGGAGAACAUGUUGGUGACUGGGAGCAUCUAACAUUAAGGAUCAGUAAUUUCAGUGGAGAACUUCACAGUGUUUACUUCUCUGAGCAUAGUAAAGGGAUUUGGGUGAAUUCCCCAGAGCUUGAAUUUCAAGAUGGUAAUAAACCUGUCGCGUAUUCUUCCUUGCACGGCCAUGCAUUUUAUCCGAAACCAGGGCUUGUUGUACAAGGGAAUGGUGGCAUUGGCAUACGCAACGACACCGCAAAGAGUAAAACUGUGAUGAACACGGGAGAGAGGUACGAGAUUGUUUCAGCAGAGUACUUGGGUACGAUCGUUGAACCGCCUUGGCUGAACUAUGCUAGAGAAUGGGGUCCUAAAAUUGAGUACGAUAUUGCUCGUGAGCUGAAAGGUAUUGGGAGAUUUCUUCCUGGAAAGCUUAAGGAUGCAUUUUAUAGAAUUAUGAAAGGGUUGCCAAAUGAAGUGCUUGGGCAAGAAGGGCCUACAGGUCCCAAAAUGAAAAGUAGUUGGAACGGCGAAGAACGAGUUUAAAGCUUGAUGUUUGGCAGACAUCACCAUGAAUUCAGCAUCAUUUAUUUCUUUUCUUCUGUAUCCCUGUGCCAUAAAAUUUGAUGUUCAAAAUAAAAAUUAUUUGCCAAAGAAAAAUAAUGUGAUGUAAA